AUGCGUGUCUCCACCCCUCUCGCCUUUAUUGCGCUCUUCUACAGCUACGUCUUCGUCGCAGCCUCCUCGAUCAUCCGAGCACGAGGCAGCCCCAUCAACGACAUCCAGAUCGAGAUCGAGAGCAGUACACUCACAAUCGUCUCCGGCACAACGACGAUGGGACUCGCGCCGUCGCAUCACUGGGGCCCGGAUGUCCUUGGAAACCACUCUCUCAUCACUAUUGCUGGUCUAGGCGAGCCCGAUACUCCCUGGGGCUGGACAGCGAAGGCCGAGAUUACCAUGCAGAGCCUGACUUACAAGGGCUCCUACCCGUGUCGAAAGUCUCCCCAGGAGGUCCGGCACGUUGCGGUACACGGUACUUGUACCAUGACGUUCAUCGAAGGUGUCAAUGCCAUGCUCGCCCCCGCCAAGCUCCAGCUGAAUGGCGAGUAG